AUGAACCACAGCAUUGUCACUGAGUUCCUGAUUGUGGGUCUCACCAGAAGCCCUGCACUGCAGGGAGUCCUCUUCUUUGUGUUCCUCUUCAUCUACCUUUGGGCAUUUCUGGGCAACAUGCUCAUCAUGGUGGCCAUCGUGUACAAUGCCAGCCUGCACACCCCCAUGUAUGUUCUGCUUCUGGCUCUGGCCAUUGUGGACACAGUGUGCACCACGACAAUCAUACCAAAGAUGCUAUGGACCAUGCUGACAUCACAGAACACCAUUUCCUAUGGGGGCUGCAUGUCCCAGCUCUUCUCCUUCACAUGGUCCCUGGAGGCAGAGAUGGUUCUCUUCACCACCAUGGUCUAUGACCGCUAUGUGGCCAUUUGCUUCCCCCCGCACUACAGCACCAUCAUGAAUGCCUACAUGUGUGUGGCCCUGCUCAGCAUUGUCAUGGCUAUUGGCAUCACCACCUCCUGGGUACUCACAGAUCUCAUCCUGCGGUUGACGUUCUGCGGGCCAAACACCAUUGACCACUUCUUCUGUGAGAUUACCCACCCUGCUGGCUCUGUCUGCAGCCCUGUGAAAGUCAAUGAAGUGAUGGUGUAUGUGGCAGAUAUCACCCUGGCCGUGGGGGACUUCACCCUCACCUGCAUCUCGUACUGCUUUAUCAUUGCUGCCAUUCUUUGCAUCCACACAAAAGAAGGCAAGAAGAAGGUCUUUUCCACCUGCUCCUCCCACCUCAUAGUGGUGUCACUUUAUUACUCCCCUGUCAUCUACACCUACAUCCGCCCUGCUUCCAGCUACACCAUCGAGAAGGACAAGGUGGUGGCCGCACUCUACACUCUUGUGAUGCCCACCUUAAACCCCAUUGUGUAUAGCUUCUGCAACAAGGGGAUGCAGGUGGGGGUUAGGAAGGUGUUCCCUUUCCUGAAGCUCUAG